GUCUGUGCGUAAUAUCUAAUAAUGUCUGCGUGUGAAAUUUUCAAAUUUAUUAAUUUUUAUGAAUAACAAGAUCUUAUGAAACUAUUUAGACAAGUGCUCUGGAAGCAUUACAUCGUCUUACACUAAUUGUGGUUGACUUUCUUUAAAAAUCGGGCAUAGUUUGACCUGGUUUGCCACUGACAGUUGACAAAUACAAACAGCGUGACCUUAGCCACUCACGUGUCCCUUCUGUCAGCGAUGUCAACAUUGCUCUAAAAUUAAAAAUGAUUCGAUAAAUUUAAUCAGUUGAAUUAAUAUCGCGAUGGACCACCGUUCGCCCUUGGAGAGCAUCUUCGGCAUAAUCGGGGGGCUGCCGCAGGGGCAUGACAAGCCCGUCAAGCAUGCCCUUUACAACGCCGUGGCCCUUCUGCUGCUGUUCCUGUGUUGUGCGGCCAGUUGGGCCCUGUUCAUGAUCCUGGAGCCGUUCGUGAAGCCCCUGAUCUGGGCCUUGCUGGUGGGGUCGGUGUUGCACCCCCUUAAGCGGUCGCUCAGGGACAAGUUCCAGGCCUGGUUCAAGAGUCUGGAGGUGUCUCACACCCCCAUUGUGCUGGGGGUGAUGCUCAUCCCUAUCAACAUAGUCAACGAUUUGUCGGAUUUGAUCGGUGACCAAAUUUUGAAACGGAUCAAGUUCAUUAUCGCUGUUUGUGUGGCGGUGCCUUUGGUGCUCCUGGUCUAUAAUUACACGCCAAAGUUGGUGGUUUGCAUUUUUUAUAAAGCUUACACUUAUAGCUACUUCGUACUGGGUUUUUGUCUGGAUAAUGCCUCUCUACCUCUGUUUGGCCUAAUUUUAAUCGCCUACAUGUCUCUGACAUUCCUGCUGUGGAAACCCGAAAAUAAUACGCGAUUUCAUUACGCAUCAAUUGGAAUUUGGUUGUUGUUGUCUUGUUGUUUGGCUCAUUUAUUCGGGUCGUUCCAAAUGGCUGCGUUUAUUUUUUUACAAGUUGUGUUUUUCGGCGGAUUUGUGAGCGAAGUCUACGACAUUCAUAACGAACUAAACGCUGAAGGCCACUCAAUUACAUUCUUUGAGUCGCUAUCUCUUGCAUUCCAUGACAAGUCCUUAGAUAUUGACGAGGAACAUAAAGAACCAGCGAACGAAGCGAGUGAACAAAAGUCGGAACCUCUAGAGGAUCAGGAUGCCAAGCCGAAGACUUCGGUCAAGUUCAACGAUGGUGUGGGCGACGGCGCCCCCGUAAAAUCCCCCCGAAGAGACCCCUACUCUCUCGAUUUAUUCGAGGAGAACAAAUCGAAUCUCCUCGAGCGAACUGACUCCGAGUUGAGCAAUGCGAGUGUCCUAAUAACCAAUCAGGGGAUUCACCUGAUUUCAAAAACCCCGAAAAAAGAACUGAAACGUUCGUUGUCCCAACCCCAGUUCUCGCUGAAAAAUCGCUCGAGUUUCACGAGUUUGAAUCGGCGAUUGAGUAGUGUGAAAAGUUCAACGCAAAGUCUGAUAGAUACCGAAAAGUACGAGAGUACUUUUUACCUGUAUUCGGUACUUUGGGCUUGCAUUGUGAUGUUGUUUUGGAAAAAUAUCGUCUUGUUGCCGUUGCUACCGCUUCCGAUUUUGUUGUACUGUCUCAAGCAUGCCGGGAAAUAUUUCGGUGUGUGGAAUUGGCUUUAUGAUAAGUUGAAAAUUGCGAUCUUGGCUGUUAGUAACUGGUGUUGUGAGAGACACGACGCCCUUGUUCCUGUGCCAAUUAGGGGCCUCUAUCGAGUGGUCCACAAAAUAAAUAUUUUUCUCAAAACUAGUAUUAGAGAGAGUAUUGAUACGGUGGCGAGUUGUGUCGUUAUUUUUGGUCUUAUUAUUUUCGUGACUUGUGCGUCAGUUUUUAUAGCAAUUCAGAUCUAUGCCGAGGCUAUUAUGAUGGUUCAAAUGACCGGAAAUGUGAUCAAUCAGACUGUUGUUCACAACCCAGAGUUGAGACAGCUUUUGCCCCCCGCUUGGGACGACACUGUUGACUCCAUUUUGGACAAUGCGUACCAAUACGGCCGAGAAGGAAUCUCCAAAGCGGUCAAAGGAAUGAUGACAGACGUGGACUCGGCAAAGUCGGAAAAACUGGAAAAGCAAGUGUUGGAAUUAUGGGAUCGUGUCUAUCAGUCCUGGAUGUCCACAACCGACGCAAACGGCCCUAAAGUGACCGAAGACGCGGUCCGAGUGUCUUGGGAAAAUUUCAUCAGUGACAUACAGAGAUCACCAGAAAUGUUCAACUUGAACGGAAUCGUGGAUUUUGCGAAACAAAACGUGGGGACACUUCUGUCCCUUCUGGAAUCAGUCUGGUCCAUAGUUAAGGGAAACAUCGGGCUAGUGCUUGGCUCAUUUAGCGCCUUUUUAUCGGUGAUUUUGGGCGGCGGCACCGCGGUGCUAAACUUCAUCUUGAAUGGGAUUGUGUUCCUCACAACUUUGUUUUACCUCCUGAGUUCAAGUGGCGACCUUUACAAACCAGUCGAACUCAUGACGAAGUUUUCGACCAGUGGGCGCCGCUUUGGCCACGCUUUGGAGGGGGCUAUCAACGGGGUCUUUACCGCCUCGUUCAAAAUGGCAGCGUUUUACGGCAUGUGGACGUGGUUCAUCCACAAUUUAUUCGGCGUGAAAAUCGUCUAUCUUCCGUCAGCUUUUGCGACAAUUCUGGGGGCUGUCCCUUUUUUGGGGACCUACUGGGCGUGUUUUCCCGCCGUUUUGGACUUGUGGUUGGCCCAAGACCGCGGGAUUGAGGCAAUUGUGUUUGCCAUUUUCCAGUUUUUGCCAACUUCGAUCGUUGAUACUACCAUUUAUAAGGAAAUCAAAGGGGGCGGUCACCCGUAUUUGACCGGUUUGGCCAUCGCUGGGGGGAUUUUCUGUCUCGGGGUCGAGGGGGCUAUCGUGGGGCCCCUUCUACUGUGCGGGCUGUACGUCGCGAUUGACUUGUCUUCUAGUCUUUUUAAGGAGUCUCCCUCAGAGGAGCCGAUCAAUCUCAGGUUGCAGCUGCAAGACCGAUAAUUGUUCCAGAAGUUUAUAAUGCUUAAUGUUAUUGUGCACCGAGGGCUUUAAAACACGUUACCUAACCAAGAUUUUUACAGAUAUUUAUUGAUGUUUAAGAUUGUUAGAUGUUUUUAAGAAAUAAACGAAAAUCAAAAGAU